UGCCCGCAGGCUGUGAGCCGUGCCCGGGGGGGAUGUGAGGCACCGCCGGGCUCAUCCGCAGGGAGGCUGAUCCGGGAGAUCCCUCGGAGCGGGAUCGCGACCCGAGCCAUGCUGAGCCUCAAACUGCCGCGGCUGCUCAGCAUCCACCAGGUGCCGAAGGGAUACCGGGAGCAGGGGAUCCUGUUCGGGUACCGCCCCCCCCGCAGCUCGGCCACCGACUGCCUGCUCAGCGUCUUCCAGAUGACCAACGAGACCCUCAACAUCUGGACACACUUCCUGCCUGCCUGGUACUUCGUGUGGACGCUGCUGGGGCGGCUUCAGGGGGGCUGGGAGGACCCCCAGGCCUGGCCCCUCCUGGCCUACCUGGCGACCUGCUGCAUCUACCCGCUGGCCUCCAGCUGUGCCCAUACCUUCAGCACCAUGUCCACCCGCGCCCGCCACCUCUGCUACUUCUGCGACUACGCUGCCCUCAGCACCUACAGCCUGGGGUCUGCUCUGGCCUACUCAGCCUACGUGUUCCCCCUGGAAUGGGUGGGCACCACCUUCCACCACUGCUACGUCCCCGUGGCCGUGUUCAACACCGUGGUCAGCACCAGCCUGUCCUGCUACUCCAGGUUCCUGGAGGUGGAGAGGCCCCGGCUCAGCAAGGCCUGGCGCACCCUGGCCUUCGUGUACCCCUACCUGUUCGACAGCAUCCCCCUCUUCUACAGGCUGUACCUGUGUGCCCUGGAGGGCUGCUCAGAGGGCUCCAUCCUGCUGCACUACAAACACACGGGCUGUGCCCUCCUCACCUGCUUCAUCUUCGCCACCCACCUGCCCGAGCGCCUGGCACCAGGCACCUUCGACUACAUCGGGCACAGCCACCAAGUUUUCCACGUGUGUGGGAUCCUGGGGACGCACUUCCAGAUGGAGGCCAUCCUGAGGGACAUGGCUGAGAGGCACAGCCAGGUGCUGCUGCCCUCCUCCCUGCAGACCCUGUGCUCCGUGGGGGUGUGCGUGACCGGCAGCCUCAUCGUCAUCGGCAUCAGCGCCGCGUCCCUGCCCCUCAUCCCCGAGCCUCUGCACAGGGACAAACCCCACUAGGGCUGGGGACUGGGGGCAUUCCUGCUGCUCCACCCACACCCAGCACGGUGCUGGUGUGCAGGAGGAGCCUGUUUGCUCCCAGUGUUUACUGAUGAUCUUCUCACGGGCUCGAGGAGCUGCACUGGUUUUAUCCGCUGAGCUUUGACGCUGCAAACGGGUUGGGAGACGCUUUAAAUCCAGUUGUUAUCCCGGGGAAGAUGUAAAAUAUCCUGAAUUUUUAUCUGGAGAAAGGGGCAGGAGCGCUGCCGCUUCCCAAAGCAGUGGGGAUUCGCCGGGUGUGCCUUAGGGAGGGGUCACAGGGAAUGUGGUGACACCGAUGGCACCACUUUGGAGGGAUGGCCACAACCCCCAGGGGGGCACGAGGGCUCCCUGACUCCUCCUCUCACCUUCCAAGGGGCAUCAUUGUGGAAUUUGAAGCCUUAAAUAUCCACCUUACACGGCCUUAAACCCCACCUCAGUGCCUGACAGACGUGGGAUUGGGGGACUGGUUUCAAAUGAGCUGGUUCGGAUCAAUACCUGGAAA